UGUGAAGUUGCGAUGCGCUGGUGGAGCCUCCUGCUGCUGGCGGCCGUCGUCGCCGACGCGGCCAAGCUCAACCCGAUCAUCGUGCGCGGCAACAAGAUGUACGACUCGAAGACGGGCAAGCGCUUCUUCCUGCGUGGCAUCACGUACGACUACGACGUGAGCGACGACCACUACGCGACGUGGAGCAAGGUCGCGAUCGAGACGGCGCUCGCGCCCAUCAUGGGCUCGUUCAACACGUUUCGCCUCUACAACGUCAACCCGGACAAGACGUACGACCAGUUCAUGGAGCACAUGGAGGCCAUUGGCGUCUACGUCAUGAUCUCGGCGUCGCCGGCCAAUGUCGAUUACUUUGGCGCGUACCGCUACUCGACGAUUACCAAAGGGUGGGGCCCCGACGGCGCAGUCGUCGCCGGCGAGUCGCAGAAGGACCAGACCAAGACGUGCUACCCGGCGCUGCUCUUGUACUUUGGCAAGGCGAUCAUCAAGGACUUUGCCAAGUACGACAACACGCUCGGUGUGAUCGUCGCCAACGAAAUCCUCCAGUACGACCUCACGGCCGCUGCGUGCGUCAAGCAGUAUGUGGCCGACCUCAAGAACUGGAUGCGUGUCAACGUCAAGCAGCUGCGUAUUCUGCCGCUUGCGUACGCCGGCGCCGAUUCCGCGCCGGACAAGGCCUCUGUGGGCAUAACGGCCACGGCCCUUGCGCUCCAGCCCGAUCAGUAUACUGUCGUCAAGCUCAUGGGCUUGCUCUGCGGCGACACGAUGGUCAAUGGUGUUAUGCAGAGCAAUAUCGACAUGUACCUCGUGAACGAGUACCGCUGGUGCAACGACGGCAAGUUUGCGACCUACGAAACCUUCCUCAAGAUGGCGACCGGCAUCCCGAUCGUCAUGGCAUUUGGUGAAACCGGCUGCGACACGCAGAAGCCGCGCAAGUGGACCAACGUCCCGUACCUCUUUUCGAGUUCGACGGCGUCGCAAGGCUUCACCGAUGUCUUUUCCGGCGGGUACGCGUACACCUUUGGGUCGGCGUCGUUGGGCACGACGGGGUACCCCCUCUUUUUGGGGGGUGGCACGGAGAUUGUGAGCAAGCCAGGUACAACCGUGACCGUCGACUUUACAAACCUCGCUGCGAUGUACAAGGCCAAUCCCUCGGACGUGCAGACGGGCGGCUUCACCGCCGACACGAUUUGCUCGUGGGAACCGCCCAAGCUGCCCGCGCCUGUGACGCCCCUUGCGGCCAAGGCGGGCUGGCUCGGCUCGUGCACGAACCCGUCGAUCUUGCUCAAGCCGACCGACAAGUGGACGACCAACACGCGCCAGGGUGCCGUGUGCACCAAGGACGGCCAGACAUGCGAAGUCACGAUCUCGUCCAAGCUCGGCACGUCCGAGGAAGAUUUGUGCGGCAAGGUGCUCGAGGUUGUGAGCGGCGGCGGCACGUGUACACCGACCUCCAACACGUGCGGCAAGUACGGCCAGUGCGUCGCGUCGGCGGACGGGAAGACGUCGUCGUGCCAGUGCCUCGGGUGCUGGUCGGGCCUCUCGUGCUCGGUCAUUGACCAAAACAAGUGCAGCAAGCUCGCAUCCGACCCGAAUGCGCCCAAGUACAUCUUUACAGGCGUCGGCAUCUUCCUCGGCAUCAUGACGCUUGUGUUUGGCGGCCUCAGCGUUGUCGCGGGAAAGAAGUCCCAAGAGCUCAAGCAAGCCCAGCAGCGCGCAGCCAACCAAGCCACGGCGUCGCUCUAAGGACCCAAUAAUACAGGGUGAUCUUGCAUACAAUAUGCAUAUACUAAAUGGUUUAUAUGUAUGGCAUUGGACGGACA